UGUUCAUAAAAUUAAAUUAAUAACCUAAAGUAAAUCAAAUCAUGAAGGCUGGAAUAUUUUAUAUAUCCGAAACUUGCAGAAGAUAUAGCAUUUGAUAUAAUUUCUAAGUAUGUUUUGUCAGUAGUGAAUAAACAAGCACAAUUUUAAAGGCCUCCUUUUUUAUUGUCCAUUUCUUUAUUUCUGCUAAAGCAGCAUGGAUUAGAAGGAAUAGAUCGUCCUGAGUUCCCAGGCAAGCAGAUAGGUAUUUUUGUCACAGAAGUAGUGGGUAUUUUAUUCCCUUCGGUGGUAGCAGCUAGAAUAGAGCUUCGUGCCUGUCCAACACCAGCCUUUAUUGUAAAAAACAGGCGAAACUAGAAGUCAUGUAGACUUUCCCACACUCGCCAUUUCACAGCCCACAAGUGUGGGGUUUUUUUUAUGGCAGCAGCCGUGUCUGUUCAAGUGUGAUUAACACUGACUUGCCAGAUCUCUCCCUGGGCCAUUUGGGGCUUGCACGCGUCCACGCUCCUUGUUUACACUGAUGCUCCUUCACGCGUAGCCUUUUUGUUUAUCUGACUAGCAAACGAAAGGGAGGAGGUGGACUCCUAAAUAGUUAUUAGCCGGGGACUAUAAAAACCCCUGGCUAGCAGGAGACGUGAUCUACUUCAGGAUCAUCCGCAAAGCAGCGCUACUUUCUUGUCUGGAUCCUGCGCUGAAGUGGCGGAGCAUGGAGAGCGCACGCAUCUACUGCUGCCCUCCACACUGGGGGCUUAGCUCCGGGAGAUGUUCCAAAGGACAACACGGGGCCGGGGAAUUCUGGAGACCUUGGAUCCCCAACCAAAGAGAUGCAGAGAGACAGAUGAGAAAAAAACAAGAUGUGCUGCAUAGUCCAUAUGGAAUGACAGAAGCCUCUGGAAAAUGUACCCAAUAUACACAUCCAGUAAGGCUAUUUUGGCCCAAAUCAAGGUGCUAUGAUUACUUAUAUCAAGAAGCUGAAGCACUUCUGAAAAACUUCCCUGUGCAAGCCACAAUUUCCUUUUAUGAAGACUCAGAUAGUGAAGAUGACAAUGUUGAACUGGAACAAGAUUCGGGUAUAGAAUCAGAUUGCUAAUUGUAUGGAGUGCUAAUGCUUUCUAAUUUAAA